UGCGACCCAGUUCUCACAGAUGCCCAGCCUUCUCCUCGGCCCACUGCCCCACCUUCUCCUACACACCUGCUCCUAGACAGGGAGCUGCAAGAAGCCUUCAAGGAAUGUGAGGAACAAAUGGCCUCGCUGGGCUUACUUCAACUCAAAGAGCCCUUGAGCACCAUGUCUGAAACGGUUAAUGAAAAAGAGGAGAAAACUGGAGAAGCGAUGGUUAAUAAGCCCAGUGAGUCAUCGUCACUGCCUCCAAUCGUAGUCCAGCCAGGACAUAGCAACAGGGGCCAUGGAAACAAGUGUACACACGGAAACAGUGAGGCAGCAAACAGUGAGAUGGAUACAGUUGUGUUUAGUUUCAGGAAUUACAUACUGGGUACUGAGAAUAGUGACGGGGCUGCAGAGACGGAGAGUAAAAUAAAAACAACACAGAGCCAGGAAAAAUGUCCAGAGAUUAAACCAGAAGAAGAAACAGACAAAGAUGAGCAUACACAUUUAGAAAUGACAACGAAUACAGAUUCAUUUAAAGAAACCCCAAAAGAUACUGUGUUCAGUAAGCAGAAAGAUGAUAUAAUGGAUAAUUCUAAUGCAGUAAUUGAGGAAAAAGGCACUCCAGAUUGUAAUGCAGUGAUCAGGGAGAAAGACACUGAGGCAAUAACAGAGACUGCAGACGUAAAGAAAGAAAAUCAAAGUGAUAAGUCCAGUAUCAACACUUAUAUGGUUGAAAAUAAAAAGAAAGAUGAUAGAAGUGAUGAUUCUAAUGCAGUUAUUGAGGAAAAAGGCCCUCCAGAUUGUAAUGCAGUGACUAGGGAGAAAGACAUCGCGGCAAUAACAGAGACUGCAAACAUAAAGAAAGAAAUUCAAAGUGAUGAGUCCAGUAUCAACACUAACAUGAUUGAAAGUAAAAAGAAAGAUGAUAUAAGGGAAGAUUCUAAUGCAGUAAUUGAGGAAAAAGGCCCUCCAGAUUGUAAUGCAGUGACUAGGGAGAAAGAUAUCGAGGCAAUAACAGAGACUGCAGACGUAAAGAAAGAAAAUCAAAGUGAUGAGUCCAGUAUCAACACUUAUAUGGUUGAAAAUAAAAAGAAAGAUGAUAUAAGCGAUGAUUGUAAUGCAGUUAUUGAGGAAAAAGGCCCUCCAGAUUGUAAUGCAGUGACUAGGGAGAAAGACAUCGAGGCAAUAACAGAGACUGCAGACAUAAAGAAAGAAAAUCAAAGUGAUGAGUCCAGUAUCAACACUUAUAUGGUUGAAAAUAAAAAGAAAGAUGAUAUAAGGGAUGAUUCUAAUGCAGUAAUUGAGGAAAAAGGCCCUCCAGAUUGUAAUGCAGUGACUAGGGAGAAAGACAUCGAGGCAAUAACAGAGACUGCAGACGUAAAGAAAGAAAAUCAAAGUGAUGAGUCUAGUAUCAACACUUAUGUGGUUGAAAAUAAAAAGAAAGAUGAUAUAAGUGAUGAUUCUAAUGCAGUUAUUGAGGAAAAAGGCCCUCCAGAUUGUAAUGCAGUGACUAGGGAGAAAGACAUCGAGGCAAUAACAGAGACUGCAGACGUAAAGAAAGAAAUUCAAAGUGAUGAGUCUAGUAUCAACACUAACAUGAUUGAAAGUAAAAAGAAAGAUGAUAUAAGGGACGAUUCUAAUGCAGUCAUUGAGGAAAAAGGCCCUCCAGAUUGUAAUGCAGUGACUAGGGAGAAAGACAUCGAGGCAAUAACAGAGACUGCAGACGUAAAGAAAGAAAAUCAAAGUGAUGAGUCUAGUAUCAACACUUAUAUGGUUGAAAAUAAAAAGAAAGAUGAUAUAAGCGAUGAUUCUAAUGCAGUUGUUGAGGAAAAAGGCCCUCCAGAUUGUAAUGCAGUGACUAGGGAGAAAGACAUCGAGGCAAUAACAGAGACUGCAAACAUAAAGAAAGAAAAUCAAAGUGAUGAGUCUAGUAUCAACACUAACAUGAUUGAAAGUAAAAAGAAAGAUGAUAUAAGCGAUGAUUCUAAUGCAGUCAUUGAGGAAAAAGGCCCUCCAGAUUGUAAUGCAGUGACUAGGGAGAAAGACAUCGAGGCAAUAACAGAGACUGCAGACGUAAAGAAAGAAAAUCAAAGUGAUGAGUCUAGUAUCAACACUUAUAUGGUUGAAAAUAAAAAGAAAGAUGAUAUAAGCGAUGAUUCUAAUGCAGUUGUUGAGGAAAAAGGCCCUCCAGAUUGUAAUGCAGUGACUAGGGAGAAAGACAUCGAGGCAAUAACAGAGACUGCAAACAUAAAGAAAGAAAAUCAAAGUGAUGAGUCUAGUAUCAACACUAACAUGAUUGAAAGUAAAAAGAAAGAUGAUAUAAGCGAUGAUUCUAAUGCAGUCAUUGAGGAAAAAGGCCCUCCAGAUUGUAAUGCAGUGACUAGGGAGAAAGACAUCGAGGCAAUAACAGAGACUGCAGACGUAAAGAAAGAAAAUCAAAGUGAUGAGUCUAGUAUCAACACUUAUGUGGUUGAAAGUAAAAAGAAAGAUGAUAUAAGCGAUGAUUCUAAUGCAGUUAUUGAGGAAAAAGGCACUCCAGAUUGUAAUGCAGUGACUAGGGAGAAAGACAUCGAGGCAAUAACAGAGACUGCAGACGUAAAGAAAGAAAAUCAAAGUGAUGAGUCCAGUAUCAACACUUAUGUGGUUGAAAAUAAAAAGAAAGAUGAUAUAAGUGAUGAUUCUAAUGCAGUUAUUGAGGAAAAAGGCACUCCAGAUUGUAAUGCAGUGACUAGGGAGAAAGACAUCGAGGCAAUAACAGAGACUGCAGACGUAAAGAAAGAAAAUCAAAGUGAUGAGUCCAGUAUCAACGCUUAUGUGGUUAAAAAUAAAAAGAAAGAUGAUAUAAGGGAUGAUUCUAAUGCAGUUAUUGAGGAAAAAGGCCCUCCAGAUUGUAAUGCAGUGACUAGGGAGAAAGACAUCGAGGCAAUAACAGAGACUGCAGACAUAAAGAAAGAAAAUCAAAGUGAUGAGUCCAGUAUCAACACUUAUAUGGUUGAAAGUAAAAAGAAAGAUGAUAUAAGGGAUGAUUCUAAUGCAGUCAUUGAGGAAAAAGGCCCUCCAGAUUGUAAUGCAGUGACUAGGGAGAAAGACAUUGAGGCAAUAACAGAGACUGCAAACAUAAAGAAAGAAAAUCAAAGUGAUGAGUCUAGUAUCAACACUAACAUGAUUGAAAGUAAAAAGAAAGAUGAUAUAAGCGAUGAUUCUAAUGCAGUUGUUGAGGAAAAAGGCCCUCCAGAUUGUAAUGCAGUGACUAGGGAGAAAGACAUUGAGGCAAUAACAGAGACUGCAGACGUAAAGAAAGAAAAUCAAAGUGAUGAGUCCAGUAUCAACACUUAUAUGGUUGAAAAUAAAAAGAAAGAUGAUAUAAGGGAUGAUUCUAAUGCAGUCAUUGAGGAAAAAGGCCCUCCAGAUUGUAAUGCAGUGACUAGGGAGAAAGACAUCGAGGCAAUAACAGAGACUGCAAACAUAAAGAAAGAAAAUCAAAGUGAUGAGUCUAGUAUCAACACUAACAUGAUUGAAAGUAAAAAGAAAGAUGAUAUAAGUGAUGAUUCUAAUGCAGUUAUUGAGGAAAAAGGCCCUCCAGAUUGUAAUGCAGUGACUAGGGAGAAAGACAUAGAGGCAAUAACAGAGACUGCAGACAUAAAGAAAGAAAACCAAAGUGAUGAGUCCAGUAUCAACACUGAUAUGGUUGAAAGUAAAAAGAAAGAUGAUUCAGUUAAUGAAACAUCAGAGAGCAGUAAUCUUCAUUUUAGGGAUAAAGAUGCAGUUCCAGAGAUGCAGUUAGAAAAACAGACAGAAGCAGAUAAACAGGCCGAGGCCAGGAAGGACAAAAAGGCAAAGAAGAAAGAUAAAAAGAAACAAAGGAAAAAGAAAAAGAUGGAGAAGAGCUCAGAGAUUGAACAGAAAGCGACAGCAGCACAAGCUGAAAAUGAUUUACAGGCUAUGCCACUUAUGAAUGCAGGAAAUAACACAGAGGCAAAUGCAGAAUCAGUGUCAGAGGCAGACACUGAGACUGUGAUGUGUGCGGAACAGCUUGAUAAUGGGUUUGAUUACAAGCAACAGCUGAGUCUCGGGGGAAACCCCAGCUCCAGCCCCCCACUAUCAUCCUCUCAUAUAGAGCAGGAUCAUCUUACUGACUUGGCCUGUUCACCUGCGUCAAUCCAUGCACUUUCACAGGGGCCUCAUCAGUCAGAUAACCACAACCAUACAGAUGCCCCAUGUGGCAUGAAUCACAGCUCAGAUGCAAGCCCACAGAGUGAGCAACAUGCAACCGGAGAUGUCAUCAACAACCAAAAUACAACCAUGACAUAUGUCCAAACUACAGUUAUCAAUCCAGCUGCUUCUGCUGAUAAGAGAUCAGAUGCACAAACACAGGAGGCUAUAGUUACCUCAGAAGCAGAGAUACACACACUGGAGAGUUGGAGCCCACUCUCCAACAGCCGAACUUGUGUGGGAGAGAGUAGCGCGGAGAGUGCCCUUGAAGAGGCUUUAGUGGUGGUUGCUGCGUUGCCACUGACAACACCCACGAUGCCAGAAGUGAUAGAAAGCAAGGGAGAGGGAGAAAGCGUGAGGCGUGAUUCACUGGAGAGAGUAGCUACUGUAGCAAUAGCAGAGAGAGAAAAAGCAGUAGGAGAGAAAGAUUCGGGAGGAAUAGGAAAGUGCCUCAGCACUGCAGACGGAGAGAGAGGACGACUCCUGGGCAGCCUUCCUCAGCUCUCUUUAGUCUGUUCACAGGGAAAAUGCUCACUUGCAUUCUCAGCAAAAGAGGGACAGGCUGCAUCUGAGAAAAGCUGCAGCAGCAAAAUGCCAAACAACUCAGCUGAGAGUAAAACGAAGGGACCGACAGAAUCAACCGUUCGCAGUGCAGACACAGACACAGAGAUCUUCCCAGCUGAAGAGGGAGACAGAGAAAAGGAGGGACUCUGGUUAGAAGCCUAUUUGAAUACUUCUCCCCUUGGGCUGCUUACUGGUGCUGAUUGUCAGGAUCACAGUGCUGCGGGAUUGGAGGGAGCAGGAGAGGGAGGAGGAGGAGGAGAGGAGGUGGAAGAGAAAGGAGGGCUGGCUAAAGAGCACAGUUCAUUCAGCCAGCCAGAAGGCUCUGCUUGUGGGGUGUCAUCAGCUGAGACUGAGACGUGUCCGCCCACCGAUGUUGCCGAGUCACAGCUGAAGUCACAGAGCUGGGGUGAGCCGAUCGCUACCAUCACUGAGAGCAUCUGUACUGAACAGGACCGUCUCUCUCACCCCUGCCAGGAGCAGCUUGCAGCAGCUAUUUCACCUCUCCCCACUCACCCUGAACAAAGCUCCUGCAAUAUAGACGGAGAAGCCGAUACCAAACCACAUCUGAUUUCAGAGGAAGCACUAUCUUCUGGACGCACUUGUGAGGAGUCAUCCAUCACAGAGACAGAGCGAAACUACAGCCAAGUCUUCCUGCCUUUAAUUUCACCUCAGCCUUUGACUACUUCACAACAAAUCACAGUCGAGCGACAAGCAAGCAACAAUCAACAGGUCCGACCUGAAAGUAGCACAACAGAAGCCAAGACAGCCGAGAGUGCAGCUGAAGUACAAGCCCAGACCCAGAUCAAUAGUGGUAGCCCUGAUAUGUCUGGAGUGGGUAUGUAUGUAUAUAACAACAGUGGAGGCAACAACAGAGUUCACUUUGCGGACUCUGUGAAACAAGAGGGCAGUUCCUCUGUGGAUCUCAAGAACAUGUCGGUGUCGGCUUUGGAGUGCGCCUCUUUGCCUCCGCUGACGGUACAUGAGAAUUUGCACUAUCCUGUUGUUGAGGCCUGCUUUAUUUUCAAAGAUUUUCUCAGCUCGAAGAAGCCAGAAAUCCCCAUAGAGGCAGCUCCUACCAAGGAUAAACCAGCAAUACAGAGCUCAACUGACUUACAAAAGCCACAGAAAGAUGUUCAAUUGGAUAAAGGAGAUAUUGGGACUAAGGAGACCUUGAACAUAGCAAGAGAUCAGUCAGGUAAAGACAACUCAGAGACAGACACAGUGGAUUUACAACCAGUGACAGAGGCCUGCUCAAAACCACUUCCAAGUCCUACAGAGAAGAGUCAGACUGUUGAUGAGGAACGUUUUGACCCUCUUCAAACCACAAAAUGUGAUGGAAGUGCCAUCUCUGACCAUGUAACAGUUGAAGAGGUGUCAGCAAAGGUGCCAAAGCAAGAAGAGGUGGAAACAGAAAAGGGUGCUGUAAAGCCAAGUUUGUCAAAGGAGAAUGAGCCAGAUGAGCUACACGUGGAGUCUAAAGGCUCAGUCAAAACUAACCAGCCUCAGGAGUCACCUAUAAUAAGUGAUGCUACUAUGGAGAAUGUUAUUGUCGAUGAAAAAGAAGGUAACCAACAUCCUCAUGCUCCAUGUUCUGUGCUUCCAGCUGAUAAUGUUACCUGUAAGCCUUUAAGUGACACCUCCAUUGAGUCACCUGAUGCGCAGCCUGCCACUGACCUUGACUCCGGUUCACAUCCUGAACCUGUGACCUUAACCUGCACAGCCUCUCUUCAGACAAAGCCCACUGACCCUGGUUAUCAGCCUCCCACCCAGUUUGAUCAAUCACCUCCUCGUGCACUAAUUACCACAGAUCCCAUGGACUCUAGCGAGGGGUCUAAGUCCAUGAUUCACUCCGCUGAUCUGACAAAGGACGAACCAGUGACUUCAGAAGUGACAGCAGUUGAACAGUCAAUAUCUGUUAGUGAGCAAUAUGCCAGUAAUCCUGCUUUUGUGCUGCAGCCUCCUGGCCCAAUGUUGAGUCAUUUGGAGUUCAUUAAUGACAGUGAUAUCUCUCUUCCUGAGCAGAAAGAUAGCUGCAGUGCUGAUGGUACCUUAUUUUCUGGAGAGGUGGAUAGCAACAAGAGGGGGGAAAUUACACAGAGGUCUUUAGCAGAGCAUCUGGAGCACAGUGAUGUCAAUGUUGAAGCAGAAAAUACUAGAAAUGAUGCUGCGGAUUCUUUUGUUGCACCUGAGAAUUCUUUAAUUAAUACUGUAAAUUUUCCAUCUGAUUACAAAAUUACAUCGUCACAAGAGGAAAGUCCGUCUCCCCAAAUUCAUCCUCCUGGUGCAGUGGGUGUAGUGGCAAAUGGUGGAUCUGAUAAUGUAAUUUCUCAUACUGAAUCAGACUCUAUUGGCAUUAAACCUGUUAUUUGUAAAGCAUCCAUUAGGGAUGACCUCAUAAAUGCCAGCUGCCCACUUAGCUCUGACCUGCCCACUAAUGAAGCUCGUGAUGAAAUUAAAAAAGACAAUAUGAAAGAGACACGCAAACUGGAAGAUGAGACCUCUGUGCUGUUUAAAGAGGAAAAGAAACAACUUGAACAAACAACAAUGGAUAAUCAAAAGGAAACAGCAGACAGCAACAAGCUGGAGACAGGAAAGACGGGCACAAAACCACAACAGAGUAAUGGGCCAGAUAAAGAGACUGCAGAGGAAAUUGGAGACCUGCAGCUAUCACAUAAACAUAAAGUACAAAAGACUGAAUCACCAAUAAGGGAUUUAAAGGAGGAAGGAGAAAGGCAGAGUGAUAUUGCUUGUAAAAGUGAGACAGAGACUCCUUCCUUAUCUUCCGACAGACCUGCAGGGUCAUCCGAGGACAUGCUCUGUGCUGAGGUAGAGUCUGGUAGUGAACAUCAGUCUGUUUAUGGACAGAGUUUACGCCAAACUCUGACAGUAACACAGGAGCACAGUUCUGACGGGGACACAGCACCACAUGAUUGGUGUGCAGAUCCUGGCCAAUCGCAGUCCACACAAGAUCCAAACAGUUUUGCUCAGCAACAGGAGCAACAGCAGCAGCGUCUAGGAUCCAGACAUCCCACAGAGGAAUUGUCAGGUGGUUGUUUGGAGGGACGUGAGGGGGGAGAAAAGACUAACGGUCAGAUCAGGCAGACCCAAGCACUGGUUCCAGGGGUAAAGGGUGUAGCAGAGGGAGGGGACGACUCUGUUGGGAGUUUGUGUCAGUCAGGAAGCGGGGAUGACUUGACAGCUUAUGACAGCAGUGGCAAUGAGCGAGUGAUAAAUCUAGAGAAAGGCGAAGAAGAGGGAGCACAGGCCGUACCAGGGGUUGACAGGGUUUGUGUGCCGUCGCCUCUUGCUAGUGAUCUAAACGAGAAUGGAAGGGCUGCUGAGACAAAUGCCUUGGCUGACAUAGGGAUAAUAACAGCUUCCUCCCAUGUAGGUGAGACAAGACAGGAGAUGGAUGAGAAUAACAGACCUGGGUUAGAGGUAGAUGAGUCAGAUACAGAUUUAAUGCCAGAUGCUGACUUUCCGAGCAGUCUGGGUGGUAAAGGUCAGCAAAAAAGCAAUCUAUUAGCCGCCUGUCAAGACCAACAUGAGGCCUUAAGGAACACUGCUGUCUCUGUUGAGUCUGCAUCACAGGAACAUGAGACUUCAUCUUUAGGAUUCUCUGUUUCACCAAAGGUCAGCACAGAUAGUCAUGUCAUUCAUACAGACGUUGUUCCAAGUGCAAACCAGGCUGAAGAGAUUCAUAGAAAAAUAUUCAGCUCUCUGCUAGAUCCUGUUGGGCAACCAGAAACUGUGGAAAAGAAUUUCCUUGCUGCCCCGGCUGUGAAAAGCGACAGUGGUGAAACUGAGGAGUGUGAAAUUCAGGAUACAGUGUGCGAGCCUCUUGAGCUACAAAGCUCCAAUAAAACCUCAGCCACACAAAGCAGCCCAGUAGUAGAAACACCCAUAAAAGGCCCCGAUGUAGAGGAGAUCACAAAGGGAGAUAAAGCAACACUGGACGAAGAGAAAGCUAGCAGCCAGGGGGAGGAACAAAGUGACAUAAUAGUGAUUAACAAUGAAGCAACGGAAAAACAGGGGGUUGUAAAUCUAAGUGGGAGCGCUGACGACAGCGGUCCAGGAUCAAUUAAAGAUUCAGACGUCAGUGAAGGUGGGGUGUCGCACAGCAGCACUGACACAACUGUUUGUCAGUCUGAGGGGAGCAUUGCUCUUGUGAAGGCAACCGAAAAUGACAAUGAUACAACAGACAAGAUAAAUCCUCAUGUUAUCACAGUCCCACCCGCUGUUUUGUCAAAGUGCCCGGAAGAUAUUGCGUCAACUCCUCUUGCAGCUCCUUCCCAGUCAGAAAAGCCACAUGAUCAGUUGUCAUUGUCAAAGUCACUAGAUGAUAUUGUGGUGACCCCCCUUGUUACUGCUGGUCAGUGUGAGGCCCAAGAAAAGGACACAUGCAUCUCUCCCGUUGAACAAGUGUCUGUGAAGGCAGAGGCUGCCCAAGUGUCAAAGAGUCCUGCUCCUGAACUAAAAGCCCAAGAACCAGAAACAAACUGGAUAAAAGCCCUAAGAGAUGCUGCCUCUCAGGCUGAACUCGAGAGCACAGUGGCGACAUCAAGACCCCUCCCAUCUCUGGAGUCUCCUCAACUAGAGUUUCUAACUCCAACUGAGGAGAUAGCUGCUCCUCUGAGACAGGAAGAGAUCCCGCAGUCCGAGCAAGCAGUAGAGGAGACAACAGAUGUCCCACCUCUAGAUCUUGUGAAGAAGCCAGUGGAUCUCCCUGAACCCACAAAACAGACAGAAGAGCUCUACGAACCGACAAAGAAGACAACAGUAGAGCUCCCAGAAGUAGCAAAGAAAGUCGAGCUCUCAGAACCAACCAAGAAAGAAGAUCAUCUCCCAGAGGAGCUUCCAGAACCAAAAAAGGAUCUGGUGAUUGAGGAACACCCAACUGAGCUCCUAGAAACAGCCAAAAACACAGAAGAGGUCGUCGCACCAACCAAGAAUGAAGAAGAAUUCCCUGAACCAACAAAAAUUGAAGAGGAGGUAACUGAACCAACAAAGCAGACAGCAGAGCACCUAGAACCAGAGAAGAAGCCGAUCAGUGAGCCACCAGAGGAGGGAGUUGAAAAACCUCUAGAGUGCCCACCUGAAGAGCCAUUUAGGGUGCCAACUGCGGAAACUGCAGCGGCUGAAUCAGUCCAGGAUCCUGCUGAAGAACUACAGGACAGUGGGCCCUCCCUCACUGAACAGGCAGAGAAACGUGACCGUGCCCCUGCCUCCCCCCCUACUUCCCCUGGACCCCACCUCCCGCCUGCCCUCCUUCCACACCUCAGUGAUACUGCAGAGUUCCCCACACCUCCUCCCACACCCCCAGAGAGGCAAUCUCCUGAAGCUCUACCAACCCCACCUGCAUCCCCCUGCCUUCCUCCUCCUCCUCCUCCUCCCCCAGCCCCUGCCUCCCCUCCUGCACCUUCUGCUCACCAGAGUGAGGACCCCUGCCCUGCCUCUGCACCCUGUCACCCUCCUCCAAGGAGCUCAGACUCCGAUGGAGCAUUUGAGACCCCUGAAUCCACAACUCCAGUGAAGGCUGUUUCACCUACAGAUCCCCAGAUCCCACAACUAACGUCCGAUGACAUAGUAGCAGACACCUCAGUCAGUGAUCCUGCCUCUGAUUUCACUUCAGCUGAUCGACCCUGCCAUUCCCCGACUAUUGUUUUUGAUGAGAACAAGCCCAUUGCAGCCAGCGGCACAUACAACAUUGAACCUUUUGCUUCAGAUUCAACAAGUCACGCUCUGACACGUUCCCUCAGCCUCCAGGGAGGAGAACUAGACAGUCCUGUACUGUUGGAUGGAUCCACGGCAGGAGGCUUCCGUCCGCAUUCUGAAUCCUUCAGUGUCGGCACUGAGAGUGCCCCAGGGACACUCCGCAGGCCCAAGAAAGUCCGUCCUGGGUCUGUGAAGAAGAAGCCUCUCCUCAGACAGAACUCCAACCCAGAGAGUCCAAGACCAGCCUCAUCCAGCAGCACCCCAGAGAUCAAGAAACAGGCAAAGCCUCGAACUUCCAGCCCUCUGCAGGCUCAGGAGGAAGCAGAAGGAAGCUCUGCAACCCCGAGCCCUGGAGGAACCCUCCGAAGGACCAGGAAGACCCGUGUAGAGACUCCUCCCCCUCUGCCAGAGGAGACCAAUCAUAUCAACCAAGAGGAGAGCAUUGUUGUCCCUGCCUUACCCUUGUGCCAGGAGGAGACCCCUCUACCUGGUAGUCCAACGGACAAAGGCAACUCCCCCAUUCCUCCCAGUGCGUCCUACAAUUGGGAUCCAGAAAAUUUUGAGAACAUUGACCCCUUCAAGACUGGAGGUAGUAAAAUUGCCAAUUCCCCUGUCCUUGGUCGUAAAAGUCCUGUGUGUGGCCCCAUAGCUACGCCCCCAGAGAGUCCCUCUGUCUCUGCUGUGGAGCCACGUCACCCCACUCCCCCAGCUCCUCUUGAAGAGCCAAUUACAAACCCUGAGGAGCAACCCAUCCUACCCAAACGUCAGUCAGUAAGGCUGGAGUUUGACUAUUCUGAGGAGAACAGUGAGGCGGCGCACCCGGCCUCUCCUCCACCCAAGAAGCUGGGCAAGAAACCAGGUGCCAAGAUGCCUCUGAGGAAACCAAAGCUGGGGCUGAAGAAGGCCCCUCCUGUGCAAACCGAACAGCUGGACAACAACCCUCCAGCAACCCAGAAUGGCAAUGAGGAGGAAAUACCUAUUCCUAAAGUUUCUUACAACUUUGAACCGGAUAAGUGGGAAGAUCCAAAUUUCAAUCCAUUUUCUUCUAAGAAAGGCAUUGCCAACUCUCCCAAACUACCCAGAUCUUCUUAUAAGUUUGACCCCAAUAAUUUUGAUGACUCCAUAGACCCUUUCAAAUCCUCCAACAACAUGGCUAUCUCUCCUCCCAAGGCCUCAGCCUCCUUUGAAAUGUCAUCCAAUGACUAUGAUGUCGAAAAUGACAAUGACAAUAUUGCAGAACUGGAGGACCAAAAUCAGAACAAACCUGCCAAGAAGAAGAAAACUCCUAUCAAAUCUAACACUUUCAGAGUGAAGAGGUCGCCAAAGAAAUCACCACUGUCCGACACAUCCCAGGAGCCUACGCCUGCAGAUGAACCCUCCUCCCUUCAUCCACAGGACGACCACGCCACAGACGAAGAAAAGCUGGCCUCCUCCACCAGUCAUAAGUGGGCCAACCUGCAAGACAUGGAUACAAAUUUGAACUCUGACCAACAGGACUUCCCUCAUCCAUCCGAUCUUACGUCCUUCGUUAACGAGAACAGUCUUCCUCUUCAGAAUCCAGCGCAAGACUAUGAAAUUGAAUACAUGGAGAAAAUUGGCUCCUCUUCGCCUCCACUGUCUGUGAAGAAGCCAUCUUUGUACCUAAACUUGGACUCAGUAUCUGACAACUUAACCAAGAAUACGUGUGCAAAUGGAUCUGAGCCCAGCUCCCCCUGCACAGGGAGUUUUGAGGAGAUGGAGGCCAAGAUAACAGCGGGCGUGAAGACUCCGGUGCUGAGUUCCCGGCCUGGUCCUGAGGGCUCUGUUGGGGACAAGGGCCGGAAGAGAGAAAGCGAGGCACUCAGUCGAACACAGAGCACAGAGAUGGACGAGCAGCCCCCUAGAAUUGACCCCAUGGAGGCCCCUGCUCCAGCCCUGGCCAUACCCCUGUUAGACAGGCUGUCUGGGUGCGACGACCCCCUGCAAUACCUGGAGCCUGACCUCGCUGAGACCAACCCCACUGCAUUCGCCCAAAAACUACAGGAGGAGCUGGUGCUUGCCGCCCUGAGGAUAGAGGCUCUACAGGUAGCCAAAAGCAUCUCUCAGUGCCCCUCCCUCUCCACUGUAACCCCCCAGCAGAGGGAAGUGUCAUCUCCAGUAGAGAGCUCUGUGUCCAAGACCUCGCUGUACACCAGGACCACCACCAACUACAUCGAAGGGGAGAGCCCCCAUCUCCCCAGAGAGCUGGACCACUCACUAGGAAUUGCACGAGAGGAGAUUGUGACAAAAGAGAAGGAGGUGCUGGAGUGGCGGAGGAAGUAUGAAGACAGCCGACAGGAAGUGGUGGAGAUGAGGAGAAUUGUCGCUGAGUAUGAGAAGACAAUUGCACAGAUGAUAGAGGAUGACCAGAAGGAGAAGUCUCUCUCUCACCACACCAUCCAGCAGCUGAUCAUGGAGAAGGAUCAGGCUUUAGCCGACCUCAACUCCGUGGAAAAAUCUCUUGCCGAUCUCUUCCGACGUUAUGAGAAGAUGAAAGAUGUGCUGGAGGGCUUUCGCAAGAAUGAAGAGGUUCUGAAGAAGUGCGCUCAAGAGUAUCUAUCCAGGGUCCGUAAGGAGGAGCAGCGCUAUCAAGCCCUGAAGAUUCAUGCAGAGGAGAAACUAGACAAGGCCAAUUCAGAGAUAGCUCAAGUGCGGGCCAAGGCCAAGCAGGAGCAGGCCGCCCACCAGGCCAGUCUGAGGAAGGAGCAGAUGAAGGUGGACUCUCUGGAGCGCACAUUGGAGCAAAAGAACAAAGAGAUCGAGGAGUUGACAAAGAUCUGUGAUGAGCUGAUCGCCAAGAUGGGGAGGAGUUAGCAGCCUCGCCUCAUCUCACACAGAAGGAGGAAAAAAACUACUUUGAUCAGAGAUAUUUUACUGCUCUUCCAAGGACUGAUGGACAUUUAAGGCCAAAGUGGUCUUGGGGGAUACAUUUCCUACUGACUUUGUGUAUACAGGAUGCACAGGAAUGGCUUCCUCCUAAUCACUCUGUACAUUUUUGAUGUGUCAGUGUAUCGUACUGUAUCAGGGGUCUGGUAUAAAGUUUUAGAAAAUGUACCAUAUCAUUAAUGAGUGUGUCUGCCUGCGUGUGUGUGUGUGUGUGUGUGUGUGUGCGUGUGUGUGUGUGUGUGUAUGAUGAUGAGAAAGUGCGAGCAUUGUUUGUGGGUUAAAUUAUCUAUAAUGAUGUUGCCAUGACAGCCACUGAGGGAGAAGACUGUUUACCCACUCCUGUUGUUGUCUCCUCUUAAUAUGAGAGAAAGAUAGACUUUGAAAAAGAGUAUCAGAGACUAAGAUUCAUUCAUAAAAUGUUGAUACACCACUAAGAGAAUACAAACUAUCACAAUAGCUUACUGCAUGUGAGAGAGGAAGAGACUCUUGUAUUAUUAAUGUUUGUGUAGGAAAUUCCAAGAAUGAAAAAAGACUCAUUUGCAUUUUUGAGUUAUUCUGCCAUUUUCAACCUGCUUCCCUCAUGUAACCUUGUAGAUAUUUGUCAUACUUGUCAUAGCUUUCUCGAUGAAAUCGUGGGACUUUAUUUUUUGGAUUUUAUUUUGAUAUAAAGCAAAGUAAUUGUGACCGUAUUCAGUUGUGACCAGGAGUAAUUUAAUUUUUGGAUGGAUUUGUCCUAGUCCUGCUAUGGUCAUUGUGUCACACUGAGGAAUAACUUCUCUGCACAGCUACUGUACAGCAUCUGCUUACAAAGUGCAAUAAAAGAUGGCAAUACAGCA